AAAAUUGGGUUCUUGAGGUUGUGCCUGGAUUCCAACAAUUUUGCAAGGAAAAAAAAAUCUGCAGCCUUAGAUUGGAUAUUUUUUCUUACCGUUUGACGCCCCUUCCAAAUCUUGUCUUUUGAUUUGUUCGGACAUCAGAAGAAUUGGAAAAUUAUAAGUUGUGAUUCAUGGGGAAUUGCUGUGCAACGCCAGUGACUUCGUCGGGGAAGCAAAAGGGUAAAAAAAAUAAGCCCAACCCUUUCUCGAUUGAUUAUGCUGCGAAUCAUGGAACCGGAGGUGGACACAAGCUAACUGUCUUGAAAAAUCCGACGGGUCGAGACCUUGGGGUCACAUACGAGCUGGGUCGCGAGCUUGGUAGAGGUGAAUUCGGGAUCACGUAUUUGUGCACCGACAAAUCGACAGAGGCCGCAUUUGCCUGCAAAUCAAUCUCAAAGAAGAAGCUGAGAAGUACAGUAGAUAUCGAAGAUGUGAGGAGAGAGGUGGAGAUCAUGAAACAUUUGCCCAAACACCCAAAUAUUGUGAGCUUGAAGGAUACGUACGAGGAUGAUAAUGCCGUCCAUCUAGUGAUGGAGCUGUGCGAAGGCGGUGAAUUGUUCGAUCGAAUCGUUGCGAGGGGACACUACAGUGAACGGGCCGCUGCCGUUGUUACUCGAACCAUCGUUGAAGUUGUUCAGAUGUGCCACAAACAUGGGGUGAUGCACCGGGACCUCAAACCUGAGAACUUUUUAUUUGCAAACAAGAAGGAAACAGCUCCCCUGAAGGCAAUUGACUUUGGGUUAUCUGUUUUCUUUAAACCAGGUGAGCGGUUUACAGAGAUAGUUGGAAGUCCUUACUACAUGGCUCCAGAGGUUCUGAAGCGAAAUUAUGGCCCAGAGGUUGAUGUCUGGAGUGCUGGAGUGAUCCUUUACAUUUUAUUAUGUGGUGUCCCACCUUUCUGGGCAGAAACUGAGCAAGGAGUUGCACAGGCUAUCAUUCGCUCAGUGAUAGAUUUUAAGAGAGACCCUUGGCCUAAAGUUUCUGAUAAUGCAAAAGACCUUGUGAAGAGGAUGCUUGAUCCAGAUCCAAAGCGGCGAUUGACAGCUCAGGAAGUACUUGAUCAUCCUUGGUUGCAAAAUGCGAAGAAGGCUCCAGAUGUCAAUCUGGGUGAAAAUGUCAGAGCUAGACUCCAACAAUUCUCUGUAAUGAACAAGCUCAAAAAAAGAGCUUUAAGGGUGAUUGCUGAACAUUUGUCACAUGAGGAAGUGGCUAGAAUAAAGGAAGCAUUUGAGAUGAUGGACACUGCAAAAACUGGAAAGAUCAACCUUGAGCAGCUAAGAUCUGGAGCAAAAAAUCUUGGCCACCCUAUCCCUGAUGCAGACCUCCAGAUUCUAAUGCAGGCUGCCGAUGUGGAUGGUGAUGGAGCUCUGGACUAUGGAGAAUUUGUCGCUGUUUCAGUACACAUGAGAAAGAUUGAGAACGAUGAGCAUCUUCGUAAAGCUUUUGCAUUUUUUGACCAAAACCAGAGUGGUUACAUAGAGAUUGAAGAGCUACGGGAAGCCUUGGCUGAUGAAGUCGGUAACAAUGAGGAAGUCAUCAAUGCCAUUAUUCGCGAUGUGGACACGGACAAGGAUGGACGCAUUAGUUAUGAAGAAUUUUCUGCGAUGAUGAAGGCAGGCACAGAUUGGAGGAAAGCAUCAAGGCAGUAUUCUCGAGAACGGUUCAAUACUUUGAGUUUGAAAUUGAUGAAAGAUGGGUCAUUGCAGGUAACAACAAAUGAGGGCAGAUGAAACAAGAAAGAGAAGAAAUAAUUUUGAAAAAUGAAA